GGAGGCGCCUGGAUUCAGCUCAAAGGUUUCCUGAAACAGCCGAAGGCCCUCCUGACUCACAGCCACCCACCAUGGUGCACUGGACCGCUGAAGAGAAGCAGAUCAUCAACGCGAUCUGGAGCAAGACCGAUGUGGGUCCAACCGGUGGCGAAGCCCUUGCCACCUUACUGGUGGUGUACCCCUGGACCCAGAGGUUCUUUCCCGACUUUGGGAACCUCUCCAGCGCCACAGCCAUCUGUGGCAACCCCAAGGUUCGCGCCCAUGGCAAGAAGGUGCUGACCGCCUUUGGAGAUGCCAUCAAGAAUCUGGACAACAUCAAGCAGACCUUUGCCAAGCUGAGCGAGCUGCACUGCGACAAGCUGCACGUGGACCCCGAGAACUUCAAGCUUCUGGGGGAUGUCCUCAUUAUCGUCUUGGCGUCCCACUUGGGCAAAGAGUUCACUCCUGCCUACCAUGCCGCCUUCCACAAGCUGGUCCGGGUGGUCGCCCACGCCUUGGCUCACCGCUACCAUUAAACCAGCAGGAGGGACACUCAGCGGCCUCCUGCCCGCACCACCCUCUGGAAUCUCUUCCAGCUGCCACGUGAUGUUACUGCUUAAUAAAAGCCUUCGUCUGUAAUCUGA